AUGUUUACCUGUUUACUACUGUUCUCUAUUUGUGGUCGUCCUCGUCCUCGUCGUCGUUUCGUUACCUCAGCAGCAGCAACAGCAGCGUCGGCGGCAACUGUGAUGCGUCAGGUUUUGUUGUCGUGCAGUGGUGCUUUGCAAGCGAAUUGUGAGUUGUUGGCAAUGUUCCCAUUUUGCAAAAAUAUUCAUCCACUAAAUGUGGCGUGA